GUCCGAAAAUUUCGACAUAACUGCCGGCCGUCUUUUUACACAACAAGAUUGCGUAUCAGCAAAUUCCCCCUAUUCACGAUGGCUACUCCAAAAAGACCUUAUAUUGAAAAAACGUCUCAUUCAGGAACUGGGAAGAAACCUAGGGCCGAAGGUGCCCCCCAGCCAUCUAAAUUCGAACAGGAGCUGAUGCUCCUUGAUGAUAUCGAAGCCGAAGAUGUCGCUUUGGUCGACGAAGGUGCCGUGCUUUCUGCUCUCGAUGCAUCCUCUAGUUCGCACUGGUCACGACCCGUUUUACCUCCACUGGAUCCUUCCAAAGACAGUAUUGUCUUCCAGCAGUUUGACGUUUCACAUUACAAAGGUGAUCGUCUUACCGGAAUGCCUGGUGCAUCACAAAGCCCUGUGCCGAUUGUGCGUCUCUUUGGAGUAACAAAAGCAGGUCACAGCGUGUGCGCUCAUAUCCACGGAUUCUUGCCUUUUUUCUACGUGCCUGCACCGAAAGAUUUUUCUCAUCUACACCUGGGCGCUUUUCGUGAAUCGCUGAAUUCGGCGAUGAUGCGAGAAGGACGACAGAAGGAGUUCGAAGGCUUGCAACAUUUGGUUUUAAACGUCACGUGCGAAGAUAAAAAGAAUAUUUACGGGUUCCAUGGCAACCGGAAGGUGCCUUUCCUCAAAAUUACUGUAGCGCUACCUCGCCUUAUUGCCAUCGCAAAACGCAUCCUGGACAAUGGAUUGGCUUUUGCAGAUUUCCCAUUACAAAUUUACCCCUCCUUCGAGGCAAAUAUAGAUUUUGAAGUUCGGUUCAUGGUAGAGACAAACAUCACAGGUUGCUGCUGGGUUGAGGCACCUGCCGGGACUUACCGCCUGCGGGAUUCAAUCGGGUCCAGUGACCUCGGCGUCACAUCCAGCAAAGGUCGAUCGGUUGCCAACGGUCCAACUGAAACUCCUUCUACCCAAUCUAGAUGUCAAAUUGAAUUUGACCUCGCUUGGGACGCACUCGUGGCCUAUGCUCCAGAAGGUGAAUGGAGUGCUAUCGCCCCACUUCGUAUAUUAAGCGUGGAUAUUGAGUGUGCCGGUCGAAAAGGAAUAUUCCCUGUUCCUGAACAGGACCCCGUUAUCCAGAUUGCCAACAUGGUAUCGAUCUACGGCGAGACUACACCGUUUAUUCGGAACGUGUUCGUCCUCGGCUCUUGUGCUCCGAUUGUCGGUUCACAAGUAAUCUGUCAUGACACAGAAACCAAGCUACUGGAGCUAGGGUUCGAGGUUAGUUGUCCAGAUGCCAUCCCGCAGUUUCUGUCGUUCUUCCCUGACCCGGAUGCCAGUUUUACACUUUUUAAGUAUCUAGUGUGA